UAGUACAGUUUGCACAUCUUUAUUACAAUAAGUUAAAUAGCGAAUGCUGCAAUACAGACUACACACAUCGUACACAAAAUACAGUAAACGUUGCAAUGACUAAUAGAAAAUUCAGGGCGGUGUUGGGUCUAAUGAAAGUCCCCGAGCGCGAGCUAAUGGGUGACAUUUUAUUGCGCGAGAGCACUGAACCGUCACUCCCUGUGCACGUGAGCAUCGGCAAAUUCGUCCGGUUGGAAGACGGACGAUAUAUUGAUACAGAAGACAGGGAUAAAGCUGUUAAAAGACGACAGCUUGCCAAUGCCAAAGAGAGAUUGCGGGUGAGGAGCUUGAACAGUAUGUUCUCGUACCUUCGGCGUAUCGUGCCGGUGAUGCCGCAGGACCGAAAGCCCAGCAAAGUAGACAUGCUUAAGGCCGCGACGGAGUACAUUCGGCUCCUCUCGGCUGUCCUCAAUCACACCUCAUCCAGCGAUAGUGGGAAUGCAGAUGUUUUCCUAGAGCCUGGGUUCAACUAUUCAAACAUCGAGACUGACUGCUCUGAUAUAUGGACUAUGGAAGAUGCGCUGGAGUCAGAUUCCAGUCCAUUUCUGUCUGCAAGUGUGACUGCCCCACUGGUAACCACGGCGACCGGAGCAGAUGAUGAUGACGACAUGGAUCUCAACAACAUGACGGUGCAGUGUGUCGUACCAAUGUACAUUGUGCAGGUUGGCUCAGACCAAACUGUGGUAACAGGACAACUUCCCUCAUAGACACUUGGUAUCCUGAAUUAAGUUUGUACUUUAUUUAUUUCUUCUGUGUGUGCCUUUUAAGAUAAACUUUAUCCUAUUGGUGCAGUCACUGUUUAAUAUUAUGGAAAUAUUUGGUUUAACUGUUGAUGGUUGGCUGAGCUGCAUUUUUUUUUUCUUAAUGCAAUAUAAAUUUGAACUCUCCUGAGAAUAUGAGAGGCGAAUGUAUAAAGUUUAUUUAUUUUGAGGCUCUACAGCUCACUUGUAUUAUUUACACAAUGUAAUAAAUUGUAAAUGGUGUUAUUGGUGGUGUUUGUUUCUACAAAUG